AUGAUCAAAACAAUAUCUACAAUGACUGCCAAAGAAAAAGAAGUAGCAGAAGAAUAUUCUAGUGCCUUAGCUGACCUCAACGUCAAUAGCAAGCCCUUAAUUAACAUGUUGACGAUGCUGGCUGAUGAGAAUUCUGCUUAUGCGUCAAUCAUUGUACAGUGUAUUGAAAGACAACUGCAUAAGGUUUUUAAACUUUAUAAUAGUAAUGAAUAUUUUAAAGUCAUAAUGGAGGGAUAUUCAUCAUUGUAUGACUCCAAAUUCAUUGUUAUUAAAUGUAUUGAUCCUACUUAAUUUAUAAAUUUCAAUAUAAUGUAACUGGAUAAUUUUUUUUUUCUUGGGAAACCAUUAUUCACAUUUAUUAAUUUAAAUAAUGUAAUAUGUUGAUUUUGGAUUGAGACAGUGUUGAAGUCAUCCCUCUGAUUAUGAUGACAUAUAUUUAGUUAAAAGUACAAAUAUAUGUGAAUAUUUACAAUAUUUAAACAAACAUGAAAUAAAAAUAUAUGAUGUGACUAAAUAUGGUAUACGUCCUUUUUGGUCCUCUUUUUUUUUUUUGUUAAUAUCUCCAGCAAAUAAUACCUUAAAAGAUCAUUAACAACAAGAAAAUUGAAUGGUUUGCUUUUUUUAAAAAAAUAGUUGGUUAUUAGCAAAUGUGUAUUGUAAACAAAACAAAAUUAUUAUAAUACUAGUAAUGUAUUAAAUACAAUUUAUAUGAAAGUGUAAAUAAAAUCUAAUAAUUGGUUAAUACUGUUUCUUUAACAUUUGCUUUACUUCUAUGUACACCUAAAUUAUGUAUGCAUUUUGGUAUGAAUACAAAGCUAUAUAAAGUUAUAAGUAAAAAUGUUAAUCAUUAACAAACAAAAAAAAAAAAAAAACGAUUUGUGUUGGGAGGUUUACUCCAGAAGACUACUUCAAAUUCAAUCACUUCAAAGAUGAACAGAAGAUAACAGAUAUAUUUAAAUAUUAUAUUCAGUAUACUGUUUUAAAAACAAUGCUAUUUGAAGUUGAUCCGUAAUGUUGUUUGCAUUUUAAUUUAUAUAUAUAUAUAUAUAUAAAAAAAACAAUUGGUAAUAAAACAUUGAGGUAGGUAUUAUUAUUGAAAAUGAAGAUGAGUAUGAUGUAUAUAUAUGUACAUAUGUAUAUAUAUAUAUAAAUGUAUGUAUAUAUACAUGCGUGUGUUUUGUAUAUAUUAUAUUCUUGAUAUUUAGUAUAAUUUUAAUCAAAUUGACAACCCUAAUGUUUUAAUUAUAUAGUUAAAAGUAAUUAUGAUAUUGUAUCAUAAUAUAAUAGCUAAUUUUGUGGCUGGUUGAGAAUUUGAAUGUACAACUACAACUAUAGAGUAUACUGAAAUCUGAAAUGAUAAAAAUUCAUUAUACAAAAAUAUGAAUGGAAAGUAUAAUUAAGUUCAAUAUAUGUGUGUUAAAUCUUAAUAAUUUAUGGGUUUUUUAAAUUUAAAAAUUUUUAUUAAAUUAUUGAUAGCAUUUAUAUGAUGUAGUUAAAUUAAUUUCUGUGCAUUGUUUUGAGUUUUGUGAUUAAUAUAAUAUAUAUCAUUAAAAACUAUUUAUUUUUUUAGACUAAACUUUCUUUUAUUUAAUUAUAUUAAUUUCUAUUUAAAUUAGGUAUAUAAAAUACUUUAUAAAAACAAAAGUAUAUUUUGUAAUAUUUAUGAUUCCUUUUAAUUAUUAUGCAUUUGAUUAAUGAGUAAUUCAAGUUAAUAAGGAAUUACAAUUUUAUGUUGAGGUUUUUAAUAAAAACAUUUUUUGUGGUUUGUCCUGAUAUGAAAAGAAUGUUCAGUAUUUAUUUUAUUUAUUCAAAGCUGGAUACUUCUACUACUACAAGUUAAGAAUGGUUAGACAUUUGUUCACAUAUUAAUUUAUAUUUUAUUUUAGACAAUAAAAAUUAUAAUUAUACAGACUACAUAUUUUAAUAUAAUAUUGAUAAUUAGAAGGAACGAUACUUUCUUCUCUACUUAAUUAAUGGUAGACAGUUAAUUAAUAAUAAUAAAUACUGUGGUCAAUGGCAUGUAUAAUUAUAUCAAAACAAUACUGCUAUGGUUAUCAUAUAUUAUUAGUUAAAAUCUCUACUCCGAAUAGACCAUACAAUUUUUUCUUAUACAUUUUUGAUAAAUUUAAAUAACAAUAUUUUUCUUACGAUAAUAUUAGAUUGAUUCAAAAUAUAUGGUAAAUACAUUGAAAGUAUGAUGUACUGAAUAUUUAUUAAAUCUAUAGUUAUCAAGUUAUCAUGUUCAGUCAUCAGUGAUAUUUAAUAGAAAUAAUCGUGUAAAAUAUUUGAUUAUGGUAUUUUAAAAAAAUAAUUAUAUUCAGACAUCUAAUUAAAACAUGAAUAUUUCAAAUAUUUGUAUACUUAAUGAAUAAUUUAAUUAGCAAAAAGCAAAUUUCCCAAAAUAUUAUAUUAAUUUUUAAAAUAUUUUUAAUACUUAAUAUAUAAAAAUAAUAAUUUAGUAUUAGCCAUAAAAGUAUUUCAUUUUUUAUUAUAAGAAAUGCUUUUUUUUUUUUUUUUUGUCUUUUUUAAUCUUUAAUAGUCAAAAUAUAAUUAUAAUAAAUAAUAUAUAUUUUUUCAACAUAAAGAUAAAAAUAUUCAUCAUAAAGUUAUCUCAAACCAUAUAUAUAUUUUUUAUUGUUUAGGUGUAAUCAUUUAAUUUUACCAAUAAAUAAAAGUUAUAUAUUUUAAAUUGUCUAAUUUUUUCUAUAAAUACAAAUUUACUUAUUUAAAUGUCUAUUGUAUUUUGAAUUGACUUAUUGGAGUUUUUGAGUAUUAGUUGUAUUAUAGUUAGGCUGAAACAUCCCAAAGUUCAUUUUCUUCUUUCACAUAACUUAAACAUAACCUAAAGUUAUGGUUGUAUAAAAAUAUGGGAUAAGUUCAUAAACUUUAUUUGUAUUUUUCGUAGAGCAUUAUUAUGUGGUUAAUAAAACAGAAACUCAUCUGUGGUACUUAAAGUUGACUAAUAUUUGCAAUUAAUUGCUAGAACUUGAAACUAUAUAUAUUUGUAAUGGUUUAGUAACUUAAAUAAUUUACUCCUUAGUUAAAUACAUGAAUCUACAUUUCUGAUUCAUAAUUGUUUUUCAUAAAAAUAUUAUUAAUUACCUUCAAAUCAAAAAAAAAAAAAAUACAUUGUAGCUAUGCAAUUAUAGCAAUGGAGUGUUUAAAUUUUAUCUUUUAUUAAAUUAUAUUAUUUAUAUUAGGAGUGCUAGAUUGUUAUAUUUGUUCUCAUUAUUAAACCUAAUCCUCUGAUAAAACCAUAUACUUUAAUCUGAUCAAAUUAUUAUCUUAUAUUAUAAAAAUAUUUAAAUACAUUGUUUAACAUUUUGUGAUCAGUCAAUAACACUGAUCGAUUCACGGUAUCAGCCUAUAUCAUCAAUAAUAUUAGUCUUAAAAUUAAGAAAAUUCUUAGAUUUUUUUCCUUUCUUAUGUGGAUAUAUGUAUAAAAUGGUUGUACUACUUGAUUUUUUAGAAAUACAUAUAUUUUUACAAAAAAUUAAAUUCUAUAAGUAUGAUGAAAAUUAAAAAAUUAUUAGUGUUAAAUUAAUUGAAAACAAAGAGGUUGCCUUUUUGCUGCAAAUGUUGGAGAAUUCUAGAAGAUACUCUGGAGGACCCGCAAGGAUGAAACCAUGUCCAGGUUUGUUUUCAAACUUACAUUUAACAUUAAUUAUAUUCAGGUGCAGGCAGACAGCAAGUUACCAGUGCUUUACUUAAUUGACUCAGUCAUCAAAAAUAUUGGACAACCAUAUAUACCACUAUUCGUUCAAAAUAUUGAGAAACUAUUUGCUAACACUUUUAACAAAGUAAUUAUUUAGUAUUUCAUUAAUGUUUUGUGUAAAAUAUUUUCUUUAUUAUGUUUUGUUGUUGUAGGUGGAUGAAAAAACCAGAGCAAAUAUGUAUAAGCUACGAACUACUUGGAAUGAUGUAAUAACACCUACAAAACUUCAUGCCAUAGAUGUUGCUAUCCACGCAAUUGACCCAAAUUGGCCUAUCAGUGCUGCUCCACCAAACAUUCAUGUUAAUCCAAAAUUUCUAAACAAUGUACAUACUAUUCAUAUUAUAAGUUAUAUACUCUAUAUAUAAGUUUAACCAAAUAUAUUUAAUUAGAAGUAGUGUAAGAGUAAAUUUGAAACGAGAAUAAUCAAAAGUUAGAUUGUAAGAUAAUUAAAUUAAGUAAAGGCGAAAUUUCAAAAAUUAUUGUAUGAUAUGUAUAGAAUUAUAGAGUAAACAAAUAUAGUGAUACUCAAGCAGAGGGUGAGGAUGUCUGAAUGUUAAAAAACAAGUUUGAUAUAAUUUUUUUAAAUAAUAAUAAUUAAAAAACAAAUAGAUAUUAUAAUUACUACAAUAUCAAAUAUUUCUUCUCCUUCGCUUAUGUCUCAAUUAUUUGGGAUUGCUCGCCUUUGCCCUAAACUUUCACUUGACCUGAUGUUCAACACCAGAAUAUUAUUAUAAUAAUAUUUUGAAAAAUUUGAAGAUAGUAGUUUUAUAAAGUUUAUUUUUCUGUAAAUCUAGGCUUUUUGAAUCUAUUUUUGUUAAUUAUGUAAGUUUUGAUAAUUUUUUAAAAUUUUGAGAAAAUUCAUAUGAUUAUGCAGCAUGCUUUAAUUGAGUUUGCUAAUUACUAAUUAUUAUUAUGGCUAAUUGAUUGCACUAAAAUAAAAAGUUUAUACAUUAAAAUUUUCAGAAGAAUAAAUUCGAUAAAAUAUAACUUUUUUUUUAGUUCGCCAAAAUAUAAAAAUAUAAAUAAAAUAUUAACAUUUGUAGUCUUUAUCACUGUAGAUAAAAUACAUAAUUUGUUAAUCUAUUUAUCUCCGGAGAUAAUAAUACUGGGUAUAUCUUGCACCUUGUUUGAUUUUUUUUUUUCAAAUAUAAUCCAUCAACACCUUUAUAUGUUGUGGAUUUUUUUACAAAGUAUUAACCUUCUGAACUUAUGCAGGAUAAAUAUGAAAAAGAAGAUUACGAGAUAUACUUUGAUAUAAAUGACAAUAUACCUAAUUUAUAAUUACUUUGUGUAAUAUAUAAUUAUAAAAUUUAAAUUUUUUUCGAUAAUUUCAUAGUCAUUUAUAUCUUAAGUAAACUCGUCUCAAUAUUAGUAUUGUUUUUACUGAAUAUAUUUUAAUUCUUUAGGUAAAUACUAAUGAAACACCUAAACCUAUACAAUCUACUUUGCAUAAUGAUGUUGAUGAAGAAACACUACGGCAAAAAUUCAUUAAGAAACAGAAGGAACUCCUUGAACUUCAACAAAAAAAAUUAGAAUUGGAAUUACUUCAAACCAGAACUCAAAUAGAAAUACAGAAAAAAAGAAUGAAUAAAGUCAAUUUAUUUAAAGUAAAUAUUUUAGUUAUUAUUUUUAAAUUAAUAAUUGAUAAAAACAAAACAUUUUAAUAGAAUUCUUCGAAUACAAGUGUUCCACCACCAAAUGAUGAACUUCAUGCCAAAAUUCAGGCAUUAUCUGAAAAUCCUCGAAAGGUCCCUGAAGAUCCUUUAAGGUCAACAGAUGGUGCAGCUAUCAAUUCAGAGUCUCCUACAAUGCAGACAAAAAUACUAGUCUCCCCUUCUAAAAAAUUCCAAUCAACAUCUGUAGCAACUAUACAACAACCAUUUAAACCUCCUCCACAGUCAUUUGUAUCCCAGCAACAUCAUUCGCAAAUGGUAAUUAUUCAUUGUCAGAUGUGUUUAAAUAAUAUUAACUUUAUAAUAAUUUCUGUGCAGGUUGCUUCAAAUCAAUUCUUUAAUGUGACUCAACAAAUUCCAAAAAUCAAUCCAAUCAGUACACAGUUACUACAAACUUUAAAUCGGGAUCCUCGUUUAAGAAAAGUAGAAACUGCUGUAAAGACAACACCAACAUUAAAUACUGCCGUUAAGAAUCCUGUUUUAAAAAAUAAAGAAGAUAAAAAACAACUUGAUAAGCCAAAAAGAGAUAGUAGUAAACAUCGUGAUUCAAAAAGAAAAGGAAGGAGUCCUAGUCGUUCACCAUCUCAAAAAGAACUUUCCAGAAAAUUGCAUAAAAAACCAAUUCGCAAAGAAAGAAGUCCAAGAGAUGAAAAAUAUCACAAAAGAAGAGAAGAAAAGAAAAUUAAAGAACCCGAAACAAAGAAAAAAAGUAUAUCUCAUAUAAAAGUGCAACCAAAUGUAAUUGUAACUGUAAAUCAUGAAAUACCUUCAAAAGAUAAUGAGAAAUUUCUUAAAACUAUUCCUAAGAAUGAUAAUGUUAUUAAAGACCAUCCUCUAAUUGAACCAAUGGAAACUAAUUUUCCUAAAGAAAAAAUAGUAAUUUCUGAAAUUGUAAAAGAAGUUGAAGUAAAUAUUCCUUCACAGAUUUCUUGCGAAUCUGAACUUGUGAAAACUGAUUCACCUUUAGAAGAUUCUGAUUCACUAAAACGUCUUAGAAAGUAUAUGCAAACGAUGAAAAAAUCUCCCGAGCCUGCAACAACUUUAUUGGACUUGAAAAAUGACUCUGAAGACAUCUGCGGUAUAAAACCAAUUCAAAGUAAGAUUAAAAUUCCUGGUCAACUUUAUUUUAUCAUACAAUUGAUUGUUGGCGAUUUGUUGUUAUUUUUAAAUAAAAUACAUUAUAUUCUACGCCACAAUAAAAGAAUACAAUUUCACCUUUCCACUUUCCUAUCUUGACUUUUUUUUUUUAUUUAUUUAUAUCAUGUUUAUAUGAAUGUUUUUAUUAUCAAUCAACCAAUAUGGUUGUAGAUGUUGUUUUUCAUUUUAUUAUGUUUUUAAGUACAUAUAUACUCUAAUAUUGUGUACUUGUACAUUGAAAGUUUAAUAUAAUACUAUUGGCUUUGAAAUUAAAUAAAUAAGACAUGUGUUGUCUUUAUGAAUAUAUUAAUUUAUCAAAUAGAGAUGCAUUAUUAUAAAAAUGCAUUAUUCUACACGGUAUUUAAUUAAAUUUGUAUUGAAAAUAUAAUGUGAAUUACUAAAGGUUAAUUUUUAAAUGUCAUAUAUCAAAAUCAAAGAAGAAAAUCUGUUUUCUGAAUAAUGGUGCAAUUUAAAUUUAAAAUAAUGGUGCUAUUCACUUAUGUUUUUUUCCCAUAUGCUGAAUAGGUGUGUAAUAUAUUAAUUUAUUGAAAUCUGAUAUAGUUAAUAUUUUGUAAUUUGUUAAUGAUAUGUAAAAAACUGUAUUCAUUUCAGUAAAUAUGUCUUGUAUUAAUUUGAAGACAUUUUAGAGCACUUAUGCUUUAAAUAUUUAAUUUGUUCUAACAUUUAUUGUAGAUUGUAAUUAUUAAUUAUGUCAAAAAUUGAUUAUUUUUGGAGAAAAAAUGAUUACUGUGUAGUCAAAAUAUAUGGUUAAGAGUAUAACUAGAAAUGUUUGAGACUUUUUUUUUGUUGUUAAUUAAACUUAAGGGUUCUUUUAUCUGCCUUGCAUUGACUGAGCUUUGUUAGUUACCUAGUGACAGAAUUUCUUUAAGGUGUUUGCAUUUCUAGGGUGCGGGAUAUCAAUAUCUCCCUAGACGUCUGUUUACCAGAGAGAGCGAGAGAACUAGAAUUUAAACGGACAAAGGUAUAAAUUGACCACCUUUUUUCACUUGACCACUGUUUCUCUCGAUUAAAUUGAAACGUUAUUCAUACAUUUUAAAUUCCUUAUGAAAACUGAUUUAUUCUUAUAUUUUUUAUUUCAAUCAGCUCAGAAUUAUUUUAAAAAAUCAUAAUUAUUACUUCCAAAUUAAUUUUUUAAUAUUCAAGUGAUUUCCCUAUCAAUGAAGAUUUUUUUUUUUUUUUUUUUUUUUUUUUUUUUUUUUUUUAUAAAUAUAUCAACAGAUUAUUGAGUACAUAGUACAUAUUUCAAUUCUUAUGAAAAUUAAAGGUAUGCUUGCAGACGUAAUAAUCACACCACAAAAUGACAUUGAUCUAAGAGUUAUAGCUCCAACCGUGAAGAGGACCUCAGAAUCAAUCAAGACAGAUGAUAUUGAACCGGUUGCGAAAAAAAGCAAAUCAGAAAUCACCGAUGAGUAAGUUCUUAUUUUGACAAUCUAAUAAAUAUAUAUAUAUAUUAUAAAUUCAAAUUUAGAGUUAUUUUUAAACAAUUUUACAAUCCAAUAAUACUUGAUAUAUUUUCGAUCUAUAAAAUGUAUCCAAUUUAUUUAGUUAUUGUUAUAAAAUUAUUGUUAUGAUUAUAUAGGGGUCCCAUAUGGCAUUAAUUAUAUCUUAGAGUAAUUUUUCUUUUUCUAAAUUUAAGAAAUAAACAACUCUAAAAUAAUAAAUUAUAAUUAUUCUAUUACACUUUUAUUUUUGGGAGUGUAACACCAACCUAUUUAAAUAGUAUUGAAGUAAAUCAUCCAUUAAUAUUUAUGCAAUUUUUAGUAUAGAUUGUUCUUUGGGUAAUGGGUAUCUUCAUAAAAUACCCUAUUAAUAAAUUUUUUUUUCUCUUGCCAAUUAGAAAAAUCUAAUUUUUUCUUUUUUAAAGUUAACAUUGUCCAUUUGAAUAUAAUAAAUUCCCUUAAUGCUAUAAUUUUUAUUUUUUUUUAAAUUUUAUACAAUUUUACUGUUUUAGUAAUCCCUAAUAUCAAUAUUCAAUAUAUUGAAAUAAUUAUAUGUAUAUUAUUAUAAUUAUAUUUUUUUAAAUUAUAUAACUUAUAAUAAAAUAAAACUUAUGAUGUUUAUGCAACCCUAAUGAUAAUAUUCUUAAUUAUUUUAUAUUUUAAUACAAUUUUUAAUAUUAAAUGUACCAACUAUCAAAUUAAUUUUUAAUUAUUUAUUGAACUUGAGUUUAAUUAAAAUAUAAACUGUUCUGACCACAAUUAUGAAUUAUCUAAAUAUUAUAUUUCUGACUAUUAGCCUGAUUAUUUUGAAAUACAAAUUUAAUCAAACUUUUUUGAGUAGUAGUUUUUACAUAUUAUAAGCCUUGUACUAUAAGGUAAUUGUAUAUAGGUUUGUUGAAAGUUUUACUCAAAAAUUUCACUAUAACAGAAUAAGUAAGAUAAUUGUUAAAUAUCUUAUGUUAAGUAAUAAUUGAUAGUAAACUUGGAAUUUGAUUUCUUUCAUGAUUUUUAUAAAAUAUCAAAAUUUGUUUGUUUUAAAUAAUUUUCUCUCGCUUUUAGUCCAUUAUUAUUCACAGAGACAGAAUUUGUAAAUAUACAUUUAUAAUAUUUACAGGGUUUCCAAAUUAUACAUUAUAAUUGUUAUAAUCUAGAGUACCUAUACUUUCUAAACUGUAACAUACAAUUUGGAUGACCUAUAUUUUAUUACAUUAAAAAACAACAAAUUAUAUGUAAACUAAAAUGUCAUCCUAUGUAUGAAGUUUUUUAAUAUAGGCUGCUUUUUGAAAUUAAAACUGUUUAGUGGUUUAACAUCUAAAAAUAAGAACACAAAAAAAUAAUAACAAUGUAAUAUUUUAAAAUAUAUGAUUACAAAAAGUUUUUGCAUAAGUCAUAUUUUGAAGAAGAAAAAAACAGUAUUUCAUGAAACUUUUACUGAAACGUGAAAUUUGGAAGGCUAUCUAUAUAUAUAUUGCACAUAUAGUAAAAGUGAACAAUAUAAAGAUAAUUUGCAAAAAACAAUGUUAUAAUUAAUUUUAAAAUAUAUUAUAUUUAUAACAUUUAUCUAUAUUGGCCAUGAAAGAAGGAACUAUUCAUAUAUUUAUGAGUGUAUAGAUUCUUUUAAUUCGUUAUUCAAAAUAAUUGAUUGGUAAUGGUUUUUUUUUUCCUACAAAAUGAGGAUUUUACUAGUUUAUAUUCUAAUUUUGUGUAUGGUGUAUAAAUGUAUAACUCAAUGAAAAUCCUGAAAAUGGUAUAACCAUUCAUGUUAUGUUUAUGAUGAUUUCAGUUUACUCUAAAUUGUUAAUACUGGUUUUUACAGUUUAGAAGUUUAUUUAAAAAAAUAACUAUCAUUUUAUUUAUAUUAUAUAACCUUGUUGUAUUUAUGUAUGUGCCAUAAAAUAAAUUGGAAAUCUUAUCUACAACAAAUAAUAUUGUCAGAUAAUAAAUUCUGAUAAAUUUAGAUGGAAAAUCAUUAGUCUCAAUCUCUUUAUAUUCAUAUAAAUAUAUUUAUAUUAAAUAAUAUACUUAGUCUCUUAUUUAUCAUGUCUGAUGAAUUUGUGAUGUGCACUAAUUAUAUUAAUAUAAAAAUUAUAGUGUUUAAACUUUUAAAAACUUCAUUUUGUUUCUACUUUUAAAUAUUUAUUUUGAUGUGUUAUAAUAUCAUGUACAUUUUAAUCAUUUUUAUAUUUAUUAUAUUUGCGAUAAAAAUCAUUUUCAGACUUUUUGGUGCCGAAGAUGUAGAUUUGCGUACAUUAACUGUUCCGCCUAUUGUACCUACACCACCUCCUCCACCUCAAAUAUCUGAAACCCCAAUUCCUGAAGUUAGUAAAUCUUGGGCAAAAUAUAAAGAAGUAAAACCAGAUACAUUUAAAACCCCUUAUAAAUCGCCAACUAAAAAAAUUACUACUGAAUUAAAUGACAAAUUAGUAGAAAAUAAUGAUACAAUGGAUGUGGACAUGAGAACUAAACCAACACAGAACAAAAGUCACAUUCUUAGGCAAGCUCAGGAAGCUUUGAAUGCAGGAAGUAUAUCUUUUGAUGAAUACCACCAGAAAAUCAUGUGUCGGGUAAGAUAAUUUUACUUUAAUUAUUAUUUAUUUGUAUUAAUUUUUAAAAUAUUUUAUAUCAAGGUAACUGAAAUGACGGAAGCAGAAAAAUCAGAAGAAGCAAAUAACAUAGAAGACAAUAAGUUAAAGUUAAAAGAGUAUACUAUUCCAAAAAUUACUCAACCUCUCAAUGGUAAUGAAACUGAUUUGCAAUCUAACUUAGAAGUUACUAGCAAUCUUGAAAAAUUGCAAGUUAACGAAAACAUUCCUACCCAAGAUUCUUAUAAUGUGGUUAAUAAAAAAUCAAGUGAUGUCAGUGGAAGUGAUAGUGAUUGUUCUUCAAAAAGUGGUUCCACUGGUUCAGGAGAAUCAAAAAUAAUAAAUAAAAAAUCUGAUUCUGAAGAUAGGCCUAUGUUUAAUAAAAGACAUAAAAUAUUUAAACGUAAUGAAAAAGAAAAUUCUAAAAGCCGUAGUUGGAGAAAUAAAAAUUGGAAUUCAAGACAAGAAAAUGGUCAAAGAUUCUCUCAAAAUAAAAUUGAACCAUGGUCUAGAGGAGGACCUCGUCCUAAUUAUUCACAUUCAACAAGAUCUCUUGUUGCGCCACCUAUCUAUGAAGUACCAAGAAUAACUGCCCCCUUUGCAUCUUCAUCGCCAGAUUGGACUGUUCCUGUUAUUUCCCCUUCAGAUCCUGUAAUAUUAGAUAUGAUUGCUCAUGAUGCUACUCAAACUAUCAAUAUUGAUGGUGUGUCAAGGGAAGUACGAUUUUAUGGUCCAACUGCAAUUACUUUUGUUUCUUGGGACGACCCUAGAGAGAUAUAUUUUCAAGGAUCUCCUAAAAAUGUUAUAUUUGAUGAUCUUUUUUCAGUUUUAUGUCAUUUCAAUACUCCUGAUAGAGAGUUUUUAUUAGAUUGUCAACCACAUAGGGUACGUUUGGGUGCACCCACUCGAGAACUAUAUUUAGAUGGUAAAUUCUAUGAAUGUUUUUUUGGUGGUCCUCCAAUUUUUACUGAUCUUGGGGGUGUCAAAAGAUCUGUUAAACUAGAAGGCCCUCCACCAUCAGUAAAUAUAGGCACUAAAAAACGACAAGAUUUAGUUGCUGGUCGUAUUGCUGUUAUUAUUGAUAACACAUAUACAGUACCAGUUUACUUAGAUGCAAAACCACAGCGUAUUGAUGUUGGAAACACAGCACUUAUACUUCGUUUUAUUGAUGGCUUGAUGAGAGCAAUGAUUAAUGAUCAACCAUUCAAAGUCAACUAUAAUGGACCGCCACAAGCAAUCAUUGUUCGGGGCAAUACUCAUUAUUUAAGUUUCUCGGGAUUACCAACAAAUGUUAGACCUGGAUAUGCUGCUAUUUCUCAAAUGAUGGGUGUUGUACUGACUGAAGAUACCACUACUGAACCUUUGACGCCUCUACCUGCACCACCAUUACCACCUAAUUUUACUGCUUUUGACAUUCCUUCAUUAACGACGAUCGAAAAUAUCAGUCAACCAUCUCCCGCACAAUCAUCAUUUUCUUCUACGUAUUCAUUAGCUCCAAGUAAAAUUAAAAUAAAAAAAUGUAUGAUUAUAUAUUAUUAUUGUUUUAUUUUUAUUUUUCAGCCACUACAGUGCCACUAAUUUCCAAUGUUAAACCAAAAUCAGAACCUGUUACGAGUUCCUAUGUAUCUCCUCCUACACCUACUCCUACAGUACCUACUCCAACAGUACUACCUCCUGUUUUACCAAGUAAUAUGGAUAUUAAUGAAUUAUUUAAGAAGUUAGUGGAUAGUGGAAUUGUACCACAAGAAAAACCAAAAGAAGUUAUUCCUUUAAAAAUAAAAAAGAAAGAAAAAGAAGCUGAUAGUUUGAUAAUUAAAUCAGUAGAUUUUUCAGAUCCUUCAUCAUUAAAACAGUUAGUAUAAUUAAAUGUAAAAAAAAAUAAUAUUUUACAUUAUAAAUAUUUUUUCUUAUAACAGAAAACAGCCUGGAUUAGUGCAUAGUUUAUAUACAGGAAUUCAAUGUAGUUCUUGUGGUAUUCGUUUCACUGCUGAGUUUACCAUUAAGUAUAGUAGUCAUUUAGAUUGGCAUUUCAGACAAAAUAGACGUGAAAAAAUGGCAAGCAAAACUGUCCAAUCUAGAAAAUGGUAUUAUGACAGUAGUGACUGGUGUAAAUACGAAGAGCAAGAAGAUGAAACUACUAGAGGUAAUUAGUUUUUUUUUUUUUUUUAAUUUUAUACAUUUAUUUUAAACAAAUUUGUAUGCACAUUUUUAGCUGCCAGUUGGUUUGAUUUACAAGCAGAACAAGGUACUAAAGAAGAUGAACAAGUAGAAGAAGAGAAUAUACCUUGUAUUCCAGCAGGUGAAAAUAGUGAACUGGCUGCUUGUUAUUUGUGUCAUGAUCAAUUUGAACAGUUUUAUAAUGAGAAAGAUGAAGAAUGGCAAUUAAAGAACUGUAUAGAAAAAGAUAAACAUCUAUAUCAUCCAAUGUGUCAUGAUGAUAUGAUUGUAAGUAUUACAAUUAAAUUAAUAUUAUUAAUUUAAUCUAAUAUAAUUCAACUUUUUUUUUUUUAAUAGAAAGCACGAGAAGAAAAAUUACGUAAAAGAAAUGAAGCUAUUGAAGAAGCUAAUAAACGAAUAGAAAGUGAAAAAGUAGAAGUUAAAGAUGAACAGUUAAUAGAAUUAAAACCAUUAGAAGACAUCAAAUUAAAAGAUGAAACUAAUGAAGAAAUAGAAUUAAAAUGUGAAGAAACAGUACCUGAAACAGAAACUAUCACAGAAAAAAAAGAAAAUGAAGAACAAAUUAUAGAUGAACUUGAAUCGGAACAAAUAUCUCAAAAAUUAAAUAUUGAAGAAAAUACAAAGAAAAAUGACUAUGAAGAUUUAGAGAUUCCUGACACCAUGGAGAUAAUUCAAGUGAGUGGUGAAGUAUUAUCACCAAAAUUAACCAAUGAACCACCCAUAGUUAAAGAAACUAAUUCUUCAUCCCCCUCGGUUACUCAAGAAAUUCUGCAUGAUGAAAUCAAACCUAGAUCUCCUUCUCCUGUUUCUACAAUGACAUGUUCUAUUGAUGGAAAUACCGACACCGAAUGGAAUGUUCCAGUUGCUCCUGCCAUGGGAACAAUCAAAAUAAAUAUUAGUCAAAAAAUGACGCCCCUUGUUAAACCGAUUGUCACACCUAUAGAAGACAAGUCCAUUGAACCCCAAUCACCACCAGACUUCACCCCAACAUUUGGAGAGAUUGAUCCUGAUCAACCGCCACCACCAGGUCUUGAACUGGAAACUGUAGUGGCUCCUAAAAUACAAAGAGAAAUGAAGCCAAGACUAAUGCAAAAUGCGAAAAAAAUUAAAGAAUAUCCAAUACUUAAUAGAGGAAAAGAAAUGUCUGGAUUGUGUUCAAUUAUGUAA